AUGGAGCACAAAGGUAAACUCUCGGAGCUAAACUUGACUGAAGAAGAAAUAGAAAGGUUCACAAAAGCUUUCAAAGAUGAGAACUUCAGAAAAAUGCUGCGGGACUACGCAGAUGAGAUAUCCGACCCUGAGAAUAGAAAGAAAUACGAAGAAGAAAUAACCAUCCUGGAGAAGGAGCGAGGCAAUAACGUGCAAUUCAUUCACCCAACUCCUUUCCAAUGCAUCAAGACCAGCGUUAAUGGGCAAAACAAGUGCUACGUUAAUAUAUGUGCCAAUGACAAAAUAGGAAAACCUUCAUGUAAAAGUGGAAUGUCUGAGGAUGGAAAAAGCGGGCAUCACUGGUCUCUUCCACACAGCCUUCACCCAGAGAGGAAAGAGCUGGAUCCAAAAGGGAACAAAAUCCUUAUUUAUGAUGUAAUUUUUCACCCUGACACUCUUCACAUAGCCAGCACAAACAGUAGAUUUAUGGAUAUUGUGAGGGGUCUUGCACUUCAGAGUAUUCAGGAUGGUUUUAAUGUGUGUCUAGAUAAAAAAAACAUUAAGACCAUGAAUACAAAAUAUAAAGGGAAUCCGCAGGCCUGUGUCAUCAGAAAACCUAUAUCUGGAUUUAAAGCUAAAGUCUCCUCAGAUAACCCUGAUCCUCUGGCUUUUCCAUAUCCUGAUAAUAAAGCCGCCAUCUCCAAAAAAGAAGAGCUAAAUAGUCAAAGACAUUCCAAAGAUCUUGCCAGUAUCCAGGAGCCAACUGAGCCUCACUACACAAUCAAAUACCGCUCAUUCAUCGAUCUCCAAGACUUCACGUGCACUAGAGAUUUAAAGCAGAGCUCCAGGCCCAAAGAGAUUAUUUUAACUAUUGACCUACCGCUUCUCAAAUCAGUAGCAGCAAUCACUCUUGAGGUCAAAAAGAAAAGUCUUCUGCUUGAGUCACAGGACCCUGCCUACAAACUGGAGCUGACUUUAGCCUAUGCUAUAGAUGAGGACAGAGGAGCAGCAAAGUUCAACAGACAGGCCAGGCAGCUGAUUGUCACACUCCCUGUACGGUGUCCAGAAGAGGAGUUACAAAUAAGCAGUAGCCCUCAGGAUUCUGUUAGUGACAUGCAGGAUUCUGAUGAUGUAUUUGAGAAAGAAGUAGAACAGGAUGGCAUAAAGAACUGUGCUGAGGGGAGAGCAGUAGAAUCACCAGAGAACACUGCUGCAAAGGAGACUGGUGAUAUGUGUGAAAGAGAGAAAGAGGGUACAGAAGUCAGUCAACAACAUCAGGACAGCACUGAUCUGAGGCUGUGUGAGGAGCACCAAAGUGAAAUCAAGACAGAGGGGCAUGAGGGAGUUUCUGAUGAGAAGGACCUGAUAGGAAAUGGGACAACACACCAAGUCCACGCCUGCGUGAAGAAGGAAGAAAUAUAUGAAAUACAAGAUAAAGAAGAGGAGGGGUUAGAAUCAAGACAUUUAAUCAAAAUGGAAAAAGAGCAGUCAGAAAAGGCAUCGGAAGAUCUACCUGGCACCUCAGAGCCUGUAACAGCUGCAGAAAAGGUGGGUGAAGAUCUUCUGAAAUCAGAGAGGGACUUUGAAAACACCAGUGUUCCCCUGGUUUUAUUGAGGGAGGUGAGAGAGGACGGUUCACAGUGUGUCAUCAGUGAUCAUGUGACCACUGCAGGCUUCAGCUUCCACAACUCCCUCCUGUUUGAGCUGGACUGAGCUGAGGUGAU